CAUCAAACGUCAAACCUGUUCAACUGUUAGUUGAACUAAUUCUUGUGUCGCUCCAAAAAAUUGCUGUCAUGUUUAGGCCUAAAGUUCUAUAGAUUAGGUAAGACUCUGAAAUGCACAGUUUACAGCAUUUAGAACACGCUAUUUCAAACUUUCUGCGAUACAAAACUAGGCUAAAGUUAUAAAAGUAGAACGUUCUUUAAAUUGACCCACACAUACUGCACUGUGAACCUCGCCUUCAUAGAUCUGUAGGAAGUUUUUAUGUGCAGGCAGCAUAUUAAGAGAACAUGCCACGGACCAGGGAUAAGGUUUUGAUGGGCCUUGGGGGAGUUGCUGGCCUGUCAGUGGCAGCAUGGCAGACAAUGUUCCCGUGGUUGAAGUAUGACCUGCAAUAUUUAAAAAUAGCGAAAAAGGCUGGAGAGAAAAUUGCGCAUGAUGUAGCAAAUCAAAGAUACGUAAUUGAUAUGUUUGAAGAGAGUGCUGCUAAAUAUCCUAACAAACCCAUGAUCAUAUUCGAGGACAGGGAAUAUACUUACGAGUUUAUGAAUGAACAAGCCAAAAAAGUUGCCAAUAUUGCAUACGAUUGGAAGUUCAAGACAGGGGAAACAGUGGCCAUGUUUCUUCAAAAUAGUCCAGCAUUCGUAUGGACAUUUUUAGGACUUCAGAAAGUUGGACUAAGUAUUGCUUUUAUAAAUUAUCACAACAGAAGCAAGCCCCUCUUACAUACGAUCAAAGUAAGCAAAGCACGAGCUAUGAUAAUCGGACCAGAGGAGGAACUGUACCAUGCCAUUGAAGAGAUUCGCCCAGAACUAGAUAUUCCAUUGUAUCUGUGUGGUAGCUCUGGCACAAACAUUCCAGAGGGUUACAUAUCUUGGGAAGACCUCAUGCUUACUUCCCCUGGGGCUGAAAUCUGCAAGAGCUACAGAAGUAGCUACACAUUGAUCACCCCUUGUAUUUACAUCUUCACCUCAGGAACUACAGGUUUGCCCAAGCCAGCCAUAGUCAAUCAAGCGAAAUCCAUCGCAUUUUCUAAAUUCUUGACAUUUUCUGGUAUAUCAGCAGACGACACAAUCUAUACUAUUACUCCUCUCUAUCACAGCGCUGCCUCAAUAGCUCUGUUUAGUGUCAUGGAUGCAGGUGCUACAAUGGUUCUUAGAGUCAAAUUUUCAGCAUCCCAUUAUUUUGAGGAUUGCAGAAGGCACAAGGUCUCCAUUGCUCAGUAUAUUGGAGAACUAGCCAGAUAUCUCUUGCAUGUUCCAGAGAGUCCUGAGGAUGGUAAUCACAGUAUCAAAGUAAUGAUCGGAAAUGGACUUCGGAUGGAUAUAUGGGAGAAAUUUCAAAAGAGGUUUAAAAUUCCAAGAAUUGUAGAGUUCUUUGGAGCUACAGAAGGAACUGUUGCUUUUAUAAAUACUUGGGGAAAAGUUGGAUCCUGUGGCAGGCUGUCCCCUUUCCUUAAUAGAUUAAAUCCAGGCAAAUCCUAUUUAGUGCGUUAUGACCGGAAAACUGAUGCUCCUUUGAGAAAUAAGGAAGGACGAUGUAUUCCUUGCAAUAUAGGUGAACCAGGACUUCUGAUUGGAGGGAUAGCAAACCCAGAAUUGUAUGCUGAAGGUUUUUAUUUGGGAGGCAAGGCUGUUAAUGAGAAGAAAUAUGUCAGAAAUGCAUUCACACAGGGAGAUGCCUUCUUCAAUUAUGGAGACUUGAUGUAUAUGGACAAGGACUAUUUCUUGUAUUUCAAAGAUCGAGUGGGAGACACUUUUAGGUGGAAAGGUGAAAAUGUGUCCACAAAUGAAGUAGCCAAUGUUUUAACAGGACUGCCAUUUAUACAAGAUGCUAAUGUGUAUGGAGUAGAAAUACCAGGUACGGAUGGUCGAGCUGGAAUGGCAGGAAUACUACUGAAGGAGAAUGUCGAGUUUCACACAGACCUGUUACCUAAGAUCUACCACCACUGUGAAGAGAACCUCCCAAUUUAUGCCAGGCCACUGUUCCUCCGAAUCAUCAAAGAAAUGCCGUUGACCACCACCCACAAACAGAAGAAGACUGAUUAUGUUAAGGAAGGUUUUAAUCCUGCAAUCAUAAAGGAUCCACUGUUUCGUGUUUCUUCCGAAACAAAAACCUACAUUCCACUCACCACAGAAAACGUUGGCCAGUUUUUGGCCAAAUCUCGUUUGUGAAGGAGAAAAUCAGAAUUUUUCAGUAUGAAAUCACUAGUAAUUUUUGUAAGACUUUAAUGCGAAGGAGAGGGAGAGAGAUUAUAUGUAAUUUGAGGUGAAGAUUGUGUGAUUUUACAUAAUUAAGAUGAAGCAACAGCAAUAUUUUUUAGAUGAGUAUGUUGCUAUUUACUGCAAGUAGAAUGUAUGUAUAAGGUUUUUUUAAAUUAGGUCACCUGAAUCAACUUGGAAAUGGUCUGCGUCUGUCAUAGUCUGUUAACAAUUGAAAUUUUUAACUUCUUCUUGAUAACUACCAUCCCAAUUCUUUUCAAAUUUGGUAUAAAUUAUCCUUAGAACAAGGGGGACAUAAAUUGUAAUUUGAGGAAAACUGCACCCCUGGGGCCUUAGUGGCAGGGCAAAAACUGCCAGAAAUUGACCAAUUUUCAAAAUCUUCUCUAGAACCAUACAUGUGUUAUAGGCUAAAUGCAUGUGAUGUAGAGCAGGAAGACCUGUACCAAAAUUGUAAAUUUCAUGAUCCCCAGGGUAGGGGAUCUGACCCCAGGGCUGGGCCAAACUUGGUAUAUAGUGUUUUUGUGUAGAACACUGGAAUAGCAUCUUCUUUAGUGCUACUGAUAAUAAUUUAAAAUUGAAACUAAAUGGAAAUUUAAAAAGUCCUUUACCAAAAUUGUAAAUUUGAUGAUCCCAGGGGAAGGGGUUUUGGCAUCAGAAUGGGGCCAAAAUAGUCAGUUAUUAAAUGUUUGGACAAUAGGGAUUUUUAAUUUCUUCAUAAUAACUACUAUUCCAAUUUUUUUCAAAUUUAACACAUAGAUUAUGUAAAGCCUUUCAUCAGUGUAUAAAUUUUAAGAACACAUCCUGUUUUAUACUGUUGCUAAACAUUAGAAUUUAGCUUAGAUAUAUUCAGACAGGAAUUUUUUUUCUAGAUUUCAUAACCCUUGGGAGUAGAGAUACUUUUAACUAGUACUCAGGUGACUAAUAAGGCCUGUGGGCCUCUUGUAAUUCCUUGGGACUAGUGAUACUUUUAACUAGUACUGAGGUAACGGAUAAGGCCCUUGAGCCUCUUGUAAUUAUUUGAUAUUUACUGUAAGGCCUGUUGGUCUCUUGUAAUUAUUUGAUAUUUACUAUAAGGCCUGUUGGUAAUCAUAAGCAACUUAAAUCAAUGACAUGGAACUUUUUCUGAUUCAUUUUAUUUUUAAUUUGACAUGAUAGUGUUAUAAUACUGUUGAUUCUAUACAAUGAGAGCUAUUAACUGUUAUCCCUGUUACAUUUUUUUAAUUUAAGAACUAACAAGUUUAAAAAUGAACUGGGUUGGUCAGAUGAUCUAAUCACAGAGGGGUUGAAGUAGUCGGUGAUUUUGAUCCUGUACCAAUUCUAUUUAAAUUUCCUAUUAGUCUAGUGGUAAGUCUUGCCUAAUUGGCAACUUGUCAAAAAUCAUGCAAUAAGUCUUUAACAAGCAAAGGGUAUUGUGUGAUGGGUCAGACAAUCAGCCACUUCUCUACAGGGUAGGUGACUGGUAGGAUUAAGUGCCUUCAAUCGAUCAUGACUGCUCUGAUUGUGGGUAUCGGCAGGUACUUGGAGUUUGAAUGGUGCUUUAGUUCAAGUGUUUGAAAAAUGAUUUACGCAAACCUGUGUUGAAUUGACAUUAUAAUUUUUAUUCUUCGGUUGUUCAUGUGAGGAUUUUCCUGUGUACACCAUAGUUUGUGAUUUUAGCGUGAUGAUAAAAUAUUGUGAUUUAUUGGUAUACAUGUAUUAUUUUAUAUAUAAUUUAUAUAAAGAUCAUUAUGAAAAAUGUU